AGCAUUCGCCCACCUGCCCGCCCCGACGAUCUCCAUGUACGAAGAAGUCUGUCUCGUCUGCGGCAGGCCUGUCCUCGCCGACGGCCGAGCCUAUUGCGGCGACGAGUGCGAGUCCCAGGACAUCACCUCGCCUUCCAUCUCCACAACCAGCAGCGCACAACCCUCGCCGUUACUCCGCUCAUCCCACAACACCCCCGUGCAUCUUUCAGAGGUCCCUGCACUGCACCCCUCCGCCCUCGGACAAUCACUUGGCGCUCGUAAGGUCUCACAUCGCGUCCGCCAUUCCGAGUCGUCCUCGUCCAACUCCUCGACCUCCUGGUAUGCUCUCGACGAUGAGCACGAGGAGGACAGCCCUUCGCUCGCCAUCUAUGGUGCGAAUGCUGACGAUGAGUACUAUGCCAUUCAUCCGGACUAUGCCACGGACCCAUCCAAGCUGUCCCCGUCGUUCGCGAACGGAUACUCGCACAACUCGUCUUCUCUCGCGUACGUUCGACGCCCUUCCACAACCAAUCACCGAGCUAUGAUCCCCUCGCUGCAUCGGCGCACGUCUUCUGUUUCCGCUUUGACUGCAAGCACUGGUGUGUCCCGCAGUAUUCCCCACGACAUUUCGGGGGAGAACGGUCUUGACGAUAGGCCUUCCGCUCCCGCUACUCCUUCCUCUAUCCGCUCGGAUCUCCGUCAUGGUCGCAAGUCCGCCGACCUACCUACUCCCCCCAGCGACGAGGAUGGCCAUGACGAGGAGCCAGGGACGGUAACGAGCAAGAAGCGCCGUAACCGGGCAAGUCUUCCCGCCUACUUCUCCCUCCUCGUCUCUACCUCCACUACCCCGCGUUCGCACAAGGGACCCUCUGCGCUCUCUAUGCUGUCGCGUUCGCUGCAAAACAAUUCGGCGUCUCCUCCCGCUCCACGCAUUGCGAAUCCCGUUCUAGACACCACGACCGCGUUUGCUAUGGCACAGCCGACGCGUGUUUCCAGGGACCUUGUCUCGCCCACAGUCGCAGCGCCUCGGGGUCGCAGUCGUCGACGUGACCCUGACGGGCGUUCAUCUUCCUCUCGACGCUCGCCCAGCCGCUCCCCUUGUCCGCGCGCUCACGCUCACCAAAGCGCUCAGGUCCGCGCUCGCCUGGAUAGCAUGGAGAAGGUCGCAGACUGGGUUGCGCACAGCCCCGUCGUCGCCGCUGGCGUGCGUGCGGCUCGUCAGCUGGCCCAGCGGAGGAACAGUUCCCCACCCCCGCUCCCCAAGUUUGAGAAAAUGGGAUAUCGCGACUCGGGCAUUGAUAUCGAGGAGUACGACCAGAACGAUGUGCAGCCCGAGAAUGAGGGUAGACGAGGAAGGAGGCGUCCAGACGAGCUCGACCAGAUUGCUCAUGGCGUUGACCGUAAGGCGCCUGGGUAUGGGAACGGACGCAGCGGCAUCCUUUCCCGCGAACGAGGCAGGACCGCCGCCGUCAAGCGAUAGGCUUGCGACCCUUGUCGUAUCCUCCCAUCGGACUGACGAUCGAACGACCAAAGCACGACUGCAUGACCUCAUCACAACCCUUCUCGUUUCUUCAACUAGACGCAUGUCCCGCUGUCCUCGUCGCAUCACACCUAUUCUCGCUCCUCGUCUCGCCUCUGCACUCAACCGCCUCGGUUGCAACCUCGAUCAUUGUCGUGCUCUGUGUUAUCGCUUUCCACGUCCUUCGGGUCUGUCGCAUUCCCGGUUUCUACUGCGCUCACCUCGCGGUCUUCCAUCAAAAGCCUGCGGCAUCGUAUCUUCGUCGACGUCAAGCCCCAUUGCCACCGUCGAUUGUCACCGCGGCCGCCUGCAACAAUCAGUAUCUAUGUAUACAUCGCAUGAAGCUUCGUCACUGGGCUUCCCAUCCUACGUUAGGACAACCUCUGUUAUUACUCGCAUUCUUCGUCAGCAUCCAACAAUCAGCAUCCAUCAUAACGCACUUCUAUAUCAGUAUCUAACUCCGCUCACGCUAUCAUCUUCCAUACGACCUACACGCAACCCGCUCUGCCUGUCAAAAAUGCAUUCGACUUGCACGCACAUACCCUCGGCUAUAUGCUCUCUACCUCCCUUCUCCCUUCUAAACCAAAACACAAUACAUGUAGUCUGUCACAAUACGCCAUCACACAAACCAUGUCGCCUAUCGUAUGGUACUCUCGUAUCUCUUCGGUAGUAAUGCAGGUGGCGCAACAGUUGCCUUCUUAUACACCAUCUGCACCCUAUCCGUUUGCUAUUCGUGCUUGUAGAACAGGAUGACUUCGCUUCGCAUUUAUCAUCUAGGGUUCGGUUACUCGUCCUUUUCGAUUCCCGUUCAAUUGACGAGUCUGACCGCGGCUUAUCAUCAUGUCAUGCAACGCUCCACUGUCGCCGUGCGCUGUGCUCGAUCUGUUACUGUCGGUUGCUUGAUCUAAAUGAAAAAACGUCUUCAUGUUCUCCAGGUCUGGGCUUCGGCCGUGCUUAGCCGUUGCUUCUGUAAACUAGUGCUGCCUUCGAUAGUCUGAUUAUCAGCGUACUCCAUCUCGUCACGUCGCUCACGAGAGCUCUCCUCCCUCUCAGCAUCAUGUGUACGUACUUACCCACAAUCGGCGUAUAUCGCGCAAGCGCAGGAAGUCUUCGUAUCGUACUUAUCGUCUGCUCGCUGUACUACACAGAACUACAGUAAUAC